GUUUUUGUCAAGGUGCCAAUAUGCAUCCAAUUCCCCCUCCUCAAGGCCCCAACCAAAAACGGCGGUUUCGUCUUCCUCGCGCACAAGCAACAAGAGAUAGGAAGCACCAGAAGCCGGAGGGGAUCGGAGAACAAAGUGCCCAAGGUAGGAGUUUGGAGGAGUUUCGGAACGAGGAGAUGGACAAGAUCUUCGGCGAUCUAUCCAACUCCGAUGAAGAGGUCGAAGACCGAGCAAACGGUGGCCGUGAGGUCAGCGGUUUGAACGCCAACAAUCACGCCGGUGGUGAUAACGGCCACUGGAACCACAGCUGUCGCAGCCUUCGUCUAGCCCAUGCCACGACAAAGCACAAAUACAAGUCUAACAGCCGCCGCCUCCAUGGCAAUCGAUGGGAAGAUCGGAAACCUGGAAGCCACGGGCCUGCUGGUUUAGCCAAACAAAGUGUAGAUGAAGGUCAUCAUGUGGUACUUGGCUAUCAGAACAUGCGAGGCAACAAGGAAGUCAUGAAUGGUGAAAAGGAAGGACGUCACCAAAGAACAGAAACCACUAGAACAAGGAUUGUUGCCUCUGAAUUCGAGGGGUCUAAAUACAAUUGCAACGUUGACCAAGAUCGUAAAGACGGAGAAGUGAAACGAACAAGAAAAAUAGGGCCAACAAAGGAUGUUCUUUGCGAUGUUGGUGGUAGUGAUGUGAAUGGACUCGCCUUAUAUGGUGAUACUGAAGAUGUAAAUAGAUUGCCUACCGAGGGAGAAGGCCAUUGUGCAAAUAUUUUACAACCAAUGGACGUAACUCGUGACAAAGAUAUGUGUUAUGAACAAGAGUCCAAACAUUGUCUAAUUAGUCCUCUGCUGAACUUGGUGGUUCCACAUAUACCACCAUCUGGUCAACCUGAUCGAUUAAAAGUGAUGAAGGUCUCAAAUGUCGUGGGGAUUAAUCCAAAACCUUUUGAUCCUGAAACAUACAUGGAAGAGGAUGACUUCGUUGCUCCACCGGCAAGAAAAGUGUGCAUAAGAAUGUUGUCCAUUGCAGAAUGGCCAAGAAUGCUGAUGGCACUCAAUCUCUUGAAAGCAAUGCACGUUUUGUCCAGUGGAAAGAUGGAACCAUGCAACUAUUGAUUGGCGAUGUGGCUCUUGAUGUAUCUGUAGAAGAGUCAAGUCAGCAUACCCACUUGUUUAGGAAGAAUGGAAAGGGGCUUCUACAGUCACAAGGAAGGCUUUUACAGAAGAUGAGAAUUAUGCCGCCCGAGUCAUUUUCAAGAUCUCAAAGGUCAUUAACAGCUCCUGUUGAUUCUCAGAAUAAGUAAACAAUUAAGGUGCAAACAUGGUAUGAUAAAAAAAAUCCUGAGAGAAUGAAGCAAGAAAGGGAAAGGGAUGAAGCACCUAGCUCGUGGUAUAAUCCUCAUGGAAGGGUGGCACACUCUGGUUUUGAGCAUGACUUGGAGUUUGAAGCACCGGCUCAGAGAUGUAUAAUCAAUGCUAAGGUCCAUGAGUAUUCUGACAGUGAAAGUGAGGAAUUAGAGUAUGAAACAGAAUUCGAGAAUAUAGAGAGCUCACCAACACAUGAAAGGGAAAAUGAGCUGGAUGAAAAUAAUGUAUAUGAUAAAGACCUAGGUGUUUCUUCUCUGCCAAAUGAAGAGAUUGAGGUUGUUAUGGUGGGACCACAUCGGCAAAUGUCUCAUGGCAAACUUCACAGUUGCAGGACAACGCUAUUGCAGAUAGAGCACAUCAAAUUGGAAUGACAGACCACACAAGAUGGGCACAUGCGGCACAACAAGGACCUUCAACUACAAUCAACAGCGGCGCGGGGACAUCUACUGCUGGGAUCUCUGAGCGCACGGAAGACGCGUUCCACCAGCCAGCCAGCAAUCAUGCCACAAACAAUGCCGAGUCAGUGUCGGAAAUUGCAAUCAUUCCAGCAAUGCCGACAAGCACACCUUUGAACACCAGCACAAGCACCACUCAAGGAGAUGAAACAGCCGCCGAUACUGAAGUGAAUGAUGAAACUGAUGAUGAAGCACAAGGGGAUGGAGAUGGUGGGCAAUCAGAAAUCAUGGUAACUCAACCACCGUAAUGGGCAGAGAUUUGAUUCGUUCGAAGACACAAAGGAAUUCUACCAGACAUAUGCAGAGUUCCAUGGGUUUGCGGUCAACACCGAAUACCAUAGGAAAAUUAAAAAAACUAACGAGUACAGCAGAGAUGAGAUGAUGUGCUACAAGGCACGAAAGAACAAAAAGGGUAAAGGUGUUGCGCCUGUCGUUCUGGAACGAAAGAGAGGUAUCAUUGUCAAGACGGAAUGCCCUGUUCGGUGUAAGCUGAACGUAGAUGGAGCAUGGUGGGUGGUCACUGAAUAUUUUAACGAGCACAACCACGAACUCAUAAACAAGUUUGAUCUGGUAACAUUUCUGACCGCCCAUAGAGGAUUCACCCCCCUCGAGAAGAAAUUCAUAAAGCUGCUACAUGAUUGUAACGUCAGUCCAUUAAGAAUGGUCCAGAUAUAAUCCCUCAUCCACAGCAAAAAUGGGACUCUAAGUAGCAUGCCCUACAUACCAGCAGACAUCACAAACCUAAUGGCAAAGUACCGUAGAGAGAGCAAGUUGGCUGACAUAGAAGCCAUAGCCUACUUCGAUG